AUGGUCCCCCUUCCCUUAUUCAAAUUGGGAGGUCUAUUUAUAAGACAUGUCUCCAAAUAUGGCGCGAAUUGGAUCAAAGCCCAAGCCCAUGACCAUCCAAGGUUUCGCAAAUCCGCCGCCAAAUAUGGUCAAUUGAUGCACCAGAUCAAUAUGCGAAUGUCCGUAACAUUACUUCGAAAUAUAGAGGCCGAGAGAAGGGCAAAGGAGAAGGCAGAGGCACCUACAGUCAAGACAGAAGAAGAAACCCGGCAGGACGAGACGAAGGCCAAGAAAAGCCAAAAGGAGGCCCCGAAGAGUAUAUGGCGGCGGAAGUUCCGGCCCCUGCCAGAAACGAAAGCUGUGGAUCUCUUUGCGGAUGUCAUUGGAGAUGCUUUCAUCCUCUCAGUGGCUAUAGGCCUAAUACUCUACGAAUAUAUACGAGCGCAGGGGAAACCGGAUUCGAAUGGGCUGAAGAUAGCUGCUCUUGAUGAGAAGUUGAAGGAACUUGUCGAGAAGGAGAAAGAGCUGGAGGAAGCAAAGCAGCAGCAGCAAAACAAGGUUGAGACUCUGGAGCAAGCUAUUGAAGAGAUGCGGAAUGCAAGUCGGAAGCAAAAGCAGUCCGUAUCAUUACUCUCCUGA